AUGGGCAUUUUUUUUUGCAACUCAGAGCAAUUAUAUUCAGUGCUUAAUGGUGGAGAUACUGAAAAUUGCUAUACUCCAAGUGUAUUGAGAAAUAGCAAAAUACUUUCAGCUCUUAAUCCAGGGUCUUUUGCUUCAACUUCCAUUGAGAUAAAUACCCCUGGAGAAGGAAAACAGCAUGGACGGAUCAGCUAUCUCAGAGAAGAUAAAGAUUUUCUUGAGAUUGCAUCAAGGAUAAAUGGAAAUAAAACAUUUAAUAAUAAACAGGUGUGGAAUCACGAGCUAAUCAAGAAGAAAUUCUCUAUUGGUUGUUGACAAUAUUUGAUAAUAUGGAUUGAAAUUUAUAGAUUUAAUGUAUGUCAAAUGAUUGAAAUUUAUGGAUAUAUUUUUAUAUUUGUUGGUUUUAAAAUAUAGAUUUGAUGUAUGUUUAAAAAAUUUAUGUGUUGAAUAUGUAAUUAUUUUUAGUUUUUAAUUUCUUCAUUAAUUUGUAAUUUUUUUAAUAAUGCCAAAAUCCGUCGCUAAUCUGUC